AUAAAUAUUUUGUGUUGGCAAUUGCCCAAUUAGAAAAAUUGAAUAUAAUUUUAUUUCGACGUUAAUGCAAUCUUUAAAACACUAAUGUAGUCAUAGAAUUACUAACAUUUUGCAAAUGUCUGCCACAGAAUCGAGAGAUUGGUUGCUUUGGUGUCGCCUGUGCGCCAAGGAAGAUCUCGAAGGAAAUAUAAAUGUGUUUUUAAAAAGUGAACAAAGGCUGAAUGAGAGGCUAAAUGAAGGUAAUGAUGCCGUCAGCGACAUGGCCCUAGCCACUGCCAUAGGCAAAUACUUCUGGGUUAAUAUAACUCGCGGCGAGGAGCUUCCCGAGAUGAUCUGUAGCGAGUGUUUGUCGCUGGUCACCUCGUUGGUCAAUUUCUCCGAGCGCAUAACUCGCGUGCAAAAGCUUUAUUGCAUAUUGCAGAGCAGACCAAAAGAAGCCAUCAAUAUACAGGAACUACGCCGACGAUUUGGACUGCAGGAGGAGGGUGAUCAGGAGCUCCAGACGCUAACUGAAGUGCACUAUGUGGAGGAGAAGCCAAAGCUAAAUGAGCUAGAGGAAACGGCGUUAGAGUUGGAAAAUCCGCUCACGCCGAGCGGGCAGAAAGUGGAGAAAAAGACAGAUGAAGCAGGAAUUCGAGCAGGAAUAGACGCUACAGAUGAUGACGACCAGCAAGAGGAAGAGGAGCAGGAGUUAGAAGAAGAGGAAGAUGAACCGCUGAUGGACACAGCAGCAGGAUCCACUGCUGAAGAUGAAGAAGAGCAAGAUGAACAGGAAAAGCAGAAUGAUGCUGCAAGAGAAGAGUUGGUGUUGAAUCUCUGCAAUGAUGCAGAUAGUUCCAACUCCUUGGACAGCAACCCCUGCCCUGAUCAACCUAAACAAGCAAAAGCGCUUAGAGGAAAAUCCUUUCCAUGCAGCGAAUGUCCGCGCAUCUAUGCGCUUCACCAGACGUUGGUGCGGCACAUGCGACAGGGUCAUGACAAAGAAGGAGCACAGGGAGCAGGCGCAGCAUAUCAGCCUAUUAGCAAACUGUCCUGUGAGCAAUGCGAGAAGAGCUUUCGCUCGCGCUAUCAGCUGCAGAAACACAUGCAACAGCAUCUUCCCAUGCCCAAGAGGAAACGCUACCCUUGUCCAAGUUGUGGAAAGAAGUUUACGACGAAUGCCUCAGCUCAAUCGCAUGCGCAAUAUGCCCACCAGGAGGAGCAGAGACCACGUCCUGUGAUCUGUGAACAAUGUGGCGUUGCGGUGCAUUCGCUGCAUGCAUUAAAGGAGCAUCUGUUGAGCCACACAGAUUACGCUCCCUACGAAUGCGACAUAUGCAAGAAGUGCUUCAAGAGCGUUAGCCGGCUAAAGCAUCACAAGGAGACGCACGAUCCUCAUAAAUACAUCUGCCCUGAGUGUGGCAUGCAACUGAAUUCACGACCCACUCUCAAUCGCCAUCGAUUGGUUCACACGGACCAGAUGCAACACAAAUGCGAUUAUUGUGGCAGGGAAUUUAAGCGCGCGAAAGCCCUCAAAAAUCAUCUCAUCUUACAUACAGGGUUGAAGCCCUACUCCUGCGACUUUUGCGAGCGGACUUUUGCCAAUGGCUCCAAUUGUCGCACGCAUAAGAAGAAAUCACAUCCCGAGGAGCUGGCUGCACAAGAGGCGGCAGGUGGGGGCAAGACCUACAAUCGAAAUAUUCCUAAAUUGGAGGCACUGAAAGCUUUUACCAAGAAUAAGGAUAAUCUGUCGCCAGUGGCCACCAAGCAGAGCGGAUGCUUUGCCUUUGGAAAGAAGCCAAAGAAAGGAGCUGCAGGAGCAGUAGGUGCAGCGAAUCCUGCUGCUGUAGCACCGAAUUCCGCUUCUGCAUCUACCAUACCCGCCAUUGAAAACAUUUACAGUCACAUCAUGAAACCCGAACAGCAACAGCUAAUCCUUGCCAGCGAUGGCAGCGCAAGCAUUUUGCCUGUGGAACAGGCGGAGCCUAAUCAAAUAUUUUCGUAUUAGAAGGGAGCUUGCUGAUUACAGAAUGUAUACCUGCCAUGGUCCUUAACAGAUACCUUAUGCAACUAGAGACGGCUGCUAAUCCUCAGCAGCAUUCAUUUUACCU